AUGAUAAAAUUAAUAAUAAAAAAAUAUUAUAAAGAUAAACCAGCUGAUUUUACAUAUCUUAAAUAAUAUGGUUAUAAUAUUUAUAAAGAAUUAGGUAGGGGAGGAUAUGGUGUAGUUUAUAAAGCUUCUGAAUGGAAAGAUGGAAAAGAAAAUAAAUAAAAAAAUAUGCUAUUAAAAUAAACUUUCAAACAGUUUCACCAGAAUUAAUAUAUUCGGAAAUCGCUUUCUUAACAUUAUUAAGAGGACUUCCAAGUACUUCUGAAAUGUGUAAUCUUUUUACUUAUGAAGAUAAAACUCAUAUUGUUAUUUAAUAUUUUAAAUACAAACCUUUUAUUUAAUUUUUUGCUGAUUUUAAAAUGGAAGAUAUAAAACAUUAUAUUUAUCAAAUGCUUUUAGGUGUAAAAACUUUAAAAAGUAUAGGAAUAUACCAUAGAGAUGUUAAACCAGGAAAUUUCUUAUAUAAUCCAAAAACAAGAAAAGGAAUUUUAAUAGAUUACGGAUUAUCUGAAACAGAUGACAAUUAUAUAGAAUAAUUAAAAAAAGAAUAUUAAAGAGAUAAAAGAGUCGAAAUUUAAAAAUAAUUAGAAUUGUAUAAUAAUAUAAAAAAAUGUGAAAGAAUAGUAGGUAGAAAUAAAAUAGGUACUGAAUCAUUUAUGCCUUUAGAAUCUAUUUUAAGAUAUAAAGAUUAAGGAUAUUCAGUUGAUAUAUGGCCUAUAGGUGUUGUAUUUUUAUAGUUUUUAUUAAAAAAUAUAACAUUUUUAAUAAUGUGAGAAUGUAAAAUAAACCUAAUUAACAUAAAAAUAAUAACAACAAAUCAGGAUAAAUAAAAAAUACAUAUUUUAUAACUUUUAUAAUUGA